AUGAACGCAUUCAGUUCUUUCUUUUUCUUUUAUUUGACAAGUUCCACCACAUAUGAACUUCAUAUGCAAUUGGAAGCAUUUAGAGCUGGCUUUAAUCAGGUUUUUGAGGCUUCCAAUUUACAAAUAUUUUCUCCAAGUGAGUUGGAUUAUUUACUUUGUGGGCGUAGAGAAAUGUGGGAGGCUGAUACACUUGUGGAACACAUAAAAUUCGACCAUGGAUACACAUCCAAGAGCCCUUUAGUAAUUAAUUUGCUUGAGAUAAUGGGAGAGUUCAAUCCAGAACAGCAAAGGCCAUUCUGUCAGUUUGUUACUGGUGCACCUCGGCUUCCUCCAGGUGGCUUGGCUGUCCUGAACCCUAUGUUGACCAUUGUCAGAAAGCUUCAAAGCUCCAACAACACUGCAUCAAAUGCUGCGGGUGGAGUGUCAGAAUCUGCAGAUGAUGAUUUGCCAAGUGUCAUGACAUGUGCCAACUACCUCAAGCUUCCAACCUAUUCCACCAAGUUUUAUCUUGUUUCUGAUAUAGCCGUGAAAGAACUCAUUGCCGUUGCCACCAAAAGAGAAGAACACUUCAUGUUGAAGUUGCAAGAAACAGAGAAAUCGAAGCAUCACUUGUGGUUUAAUUCAGAUUCUGGGACAAAAAGAGUCCUAGGGUCUGAGGGGCUACAAAAGGUGUUAGUGUUAGUGAUGAAAGCUUGGUUGAUAUUCAAAAAGUGUUGUAGAGCUAACAAAUGGUUCUUCAGAGGAUACUAA